AUGUCAAUGUCAUCUGAAGUGGAAGAUGUUGGCUGUCAGAUAAUAUUAGGAAGGUUUGCUGUGUCGAAUAUGGAGCCAUUAGGAAGCAUAUGCGCGCCCUCCCCGGCCCACGGCGACGGGCGUGCCGGCCCCUGCACAUGGCCGCGCGCGGCAGCGGCGGCUUGCUGGCCGCACCCGCGCCCCGUCUCCGUCAACGUCGCUGCGGCUCCUGGCCGCGCGCGACGGCGGCGGCUGGCCGGCUCGCCGGCCCGCACCCGGGCGCGCCCGCCCCUGCCGGCGCCUGGCCGCGGCUUGCCGGCCCGCAACCGCGCGCGCUUCCCGCGGCUCGCCGGCCCGCAGCAGCGCCCGCCCCCACCAGCGUGGCCGCGCCUCCACGCCUCCUGGCCGCGCACAGAGGCGGCAGCGGCGGCUUGCUGGCCGCACCCGCGCCCCGUCUCCGUCAACGUCGCUGCGGCUCCUGGCCGCGCGCGACGGCGGCGGCUGGCCGGCUCGCCGGCCCGCACCCAGGCGCGCCCGCCCCUGCCGGCGCCUGGCCGCGGCUUGCCGGCCCGCAACCGCGCGCGCUUCCCGCGGCUCGCCGGCCCGCAGCAGCGCCCGCCCCCACCAGCGUGGCCGCGCCUCCACGCCUCCUGGCCGCGCACAGAGGCGGCAGCGGCGGCUUGCUGGCCGCACCCGCGCCCCGUCUCCGUCAACGUCGCUGCGGCUCCUGGCCGCGCGCGACGGCGGCGGCUGGCCGGCUCGCCGGCCCGCACCCAGGCGCGCCCGCCCCUGCCGGCGCCUGGCCGCGGCUUGCCGGCCCGCAACCGCGCGCGCUUCCCGCGGCUCGCCGGCCCGCAGCAGCGCCCGCCCCCACCAGCGUGGCCGCGCCUCCACGCCUCCUGGCCGCGCACAGAGGCGGCGGCGGCUGGCUGGCUCGCCGGCCCGCGCCCGCCCCCACCAGCGUGGCCGCGCCUCCUGGCCGCGCGCAGAGAGGCGGCGGCGGCUGGCUGGCUCGCCGGCCCGCGCCCGCCCCCACCAGCAUGGCCGCGCCUCCUGGCCGCGCGCAGAGGCGGCGGCGGCUGGCUGGCUCGCCGGCCCGCGCCCGCCCCCACUAGCGUGGCCGCGCGCAGAGGCGGCGGCGGCUGGCUGCCUCGCCGGCCCGCGCCCGCCCCCACCAGCGUGGCCGCGCCUCCUGGCCGCGCGCAGAGGCGGCGGCGGCUGGCUGGCUCGCCGGCCCGCGCCCGCCCCCACCAGCGUGGCCGCGCGCAGAGGCGGCGGCGGCUGGCUGCCUCGCCGGCCCGCGCCCGCCCCCACCGGCGCCUGGCGCGGCUCGCCGCCCCCGCUUGCGCCUGA